AUGACGAGAGUAGUCCGACCAAUGAGAGCCUCUGACAUACAGCGAUUUGGUGACUGGAUCUCGCAUGAUGACUGGGCAGAAGUUCUUACUGAUGACAACGCCCAGUUUGCCUGUGAUACCUUCUACGAGCGAGUAACAUCCCACACGAACAGAUGCUUUCCAUCGAAGAAAGUUAAGAUCCACGUUCGUGACAAACCUUGGGUAACACCUUACCUGAAAUCACUUAUAAAGAAAAGACAGGAUGCAUUUGCACAAGGCAAUAAUGCCCAGUGGAGAAUACUUCGAAAUCAAGUCCAGAAGGAAAAGCAGAAGCUGAAGGCUAACUUCUACUUAGGAAGAGUAAAGCAACUGAAAGAUGAGAACCCUGCCAGUUGGUACAGACAUCUCAAAAUACUGACUGGUAACAGGAGUCCACCGCUGGAAAUAGUUGAUGGUUCCUGUGAUGCUGCGUCAGAAGAUUUGGAUGCACAGAUAGCAGAGGACAUCAAAACUUUCUUUGCGGAUGUGAACGCGGAUAUCCCGCCUCUUGACCAACAUGAUUUGCCUGCAUAUCUUCCUUCACCAGAUGCUACUAAACAAGUAACUGUUUGGCAGGUAUACAAUGAGUUGAAGCAGAUCAAACCUGGCAAAUCCGGUGGUUCUGAUGGGAUACCAGCUCGACUCAUCCGAGAGUUCGCCAUCUUUCUUGCCACCCCAUUGUGUCACAUCCUAAAUAUGUCAUACGCGACAUGUAGUGUACCAUCUUGUUGGAAGAAAGCCAUUCUUGUUCCAAUACCCAAGGAGCCUCCACCAGUGACAGUUGAUAAAUUACGCCCAAUAUCCUUGACGGACCAUUUCGCAAAGAUCGCAGAACUUUUUAUCGCCAAGCAGGUCAUCCACGAUAUUUCUGCAUAG